AUAAAAAUCUCCAAAUAUUAACAGUUCCUUCAGCAAGUUCGAUAACAUCAAAUAACAUUUAGAAUAGAAGUUAUUCCUUUAAAACAUGCGUUUCCUAAGUAUUACUGGUAUUUUAUUGGUGGGCGCUUGUGGCUUAGUUGUGGCCGGAUAUUAUAGUCAUCAUGGUGAUGCUGGUCAUGGUGGUUACGGUGGUCAAAGCAAGGAAGUUGGCUACUCUGUAGUUACUGAUCAUGGCUAUGGUGGCGGUCACGGUGGCGGUCAUGGGGGUAAUCAUGCUGCUGGUCAUUAUGCUUCUGCUUAUUAUGGUGGACACGGUGAUGGCCAUUCUCACUCUAUUGCCCACUAUGGUGGUCAUGGUGAUGGUCACUAUGGUGGUCAUUACGGUGGACUCUAUGGUGGUCAUGGUGAUGAUAGUCAUAAUUACUACGCUUAUCCCAAAUAUGACUUCAGUUAUGGCGUUAAGGAUACCAAAACUGGUGACAUCAAAAGUCAUUCGGAAUCCCGUGAUGGUGGUAAUGUCAAGGGAAGCUAUAGCCUUAAGGAAGCUGAUGGCACUACCCGUGUUGUAGAAUAUUCUGCCGAUAAACACAAAGGUUUUAAUGCUGUUGUCCAUACUUUGGGUCAGGCUUCUGGUGCUCAUGCUGCUGGUCAUUAUUAUGGUCACGGUAAUCAUUAUGGUCAUGGUCAUGGUUACGGUCAUGGAUACGGACAUGGUUAUGGUCAAGCCUCAAGUUAUAUUUUUGUUAAGAAACAAGAAGGAAAGAAAUAUUAAUGAAUACUAAAGGGAAUUUAAAUGUUGACUGAAAUGUUGAAAAUGUGAUUUGUUAUGCGAGUACAAUAACGAUUAAUAAAUGCAAAUAAAAUAAAAGAGAAUAUUGUU